AAAAAGAAAAAAUAAAGCGCAUAUAAGACGCAUAUAUACGGGGAAAAUGACGAUAGCGCCUCUUAGGAUUGUAAAGAAGCAGGCAAAUAAUGGUUCCCCGCCACAGUUGCCUCAGCCAAUUGGGACUAUGCUUCAAGAUCUAGUAUUAAACGAACAGAAAACAGAAGAUAGUAUAAUACAUGAACCAAUCUAUUGUUGUGUGAUUCAUUCAUUUUCUAUUGAACAGUCGGAUGCAACGUAUUUAAAAAUGGAACAGGAUCAAAUUAUAUAUGUUCAUUUCCAACAUUUUAGUGGAUGGGGAGAUGGAACAUUAAUUGAGACGAAUACACGAGGAUGGUUUCCGCUUAAAUAUACAGAACCAUAUAUUUUGAUUGCGGUUAGACCGGUAGUUACGGCGAGUCAUGGAUUAUAUACGCUUUUUUUAGCCUGUAAAACGGAAGAAUAUAUUACCGGAGUAACAGGGCUAAUAUCAGGAGUUCGAGAGCUUUUGAUACGAACAAAUACGUUAACAUAUGACUCAUUAGUCAUAAAUAAUAAUCCAUCUGCUUGUCAUAAGCGGAAGCUUUUAUUAAGCGGACUUAACAGACUUAUAAGUUUUACAAAAAAUAUAUCAGAAGAGUCAUCCAUGCAUUCGAUGAAUAAAGAUAUUUCUAAAGAAUUAGUAUUUCAGCUAGAUCGAAUUGUUUUAUGGUCAAAACAGCUUGCACAUAUAAUCGGACCAGAAAAGAGGGCCUAUAAUGAAUCAAUAUCACUACCUACACCCACAUUAACUAAAGGAUUUUCUAAUGAUGUAUAUACUCAUCAUAAAGUUCCAUCAUCAGAAUCAUCUAUUGUAUCAUUGGAAGAUCAAAUGAACAAUUUAUACAAUGUCAGUUUAAAUGCACCUCAGUCAUCAAACAGUUCAUUUUAUUCUCAAACAUAUUAUAAUCCAGCAAGUGCAUUUCAUAACUUAAUCACUAUAAACGAUGAAUUUCUUUCUGGUCUUGCAUCACUUAUUGGUCGUCUUCACUUGCAUUCUCAUACAUCUAGUCAACUUCUUAAUACAAUUAAACAAUGUAUUUAUGCUGCUCAAAAACUUAUCUCAGUUAUUGAGCAAAUUUCAACUAAACAUCCGAAUACACAACUAUACAUUGCAAAAGAGGCUUUUAAUUCGAAAACAAUAUCUUUUAUAGCCAUUGCAAAAAAAGUAAUCGCAACUCAUUAUUCUACUUCGAAUGAUAGUAAUGAAGAAAGCAUUAUCGAUGAAUCAGAAUCUAAACAACUAAUAGAUUCUGCUGCAAGUUGUGUUCAUGAUGCAGGCCAAUGUGUCACUAAAGCGAAAUUUAUCCUUAGGACAACAGGAGAUUUUAAUAUUCCUAUGUUCUUCUCUAAACAAAAAAACAACAUGCAAUUACUACCAAUUAGUGCAUUUUCUUUCAAGAAUUCACAAAUUUCACAUGAAAAUAAGUUGCGCCAGGGAACAUGUAAACCGCAUAAUAUUUUUCCUACUUCUCAAUCUCAGAAGCCCAUAUUAAAUAUCUUAAACAAACAUCAAAACGAACAUUUACCGUCUUAUUCUGAAAUGUCAUGUCAAGAAUCUAUAAAUCAUGAAAGUCACUCUUAUAUAAGCAAUGAUACAGAAUUAGAUAUUAGACAGGAACCUGGCAAAUGUUUUAGGGAGAAUUCGGCAUUGCCUCAUUUAUUAUCUACAAAAUUAUCUCCUAUAUUAUCUCAUUCAUAUCCAUCUGCUUUAGAAUGUAAUGAAAAAACAGCAUCGGACAAUAAAUUGAAGAUUCUCCAAGAUUUUCCUAGUGGAACGGCAUCUAGCUUUGCUAGUAGUGAAAGGUUUUCUAUCACAUCUAGUUAUACAGAGCAUAUAAGUUCACCUGCAACCAGUCCUGAGCCUAUUGAGUUAGAUAAUACUUCCAAAGAAAAAGAGAAAAACUCGAAACAUAUUUUAUUCAACCAGGAAGGACAGGUUAUUGGCGCAUCUUUAUAUGCACUGGUGGAAAGAAUGACUUUGCAUGAUGCAGCACCAGAUGCCAUUUUUUCAUGUACUUUUUACCUCACAUUUCGUCUUUUUACUACUCCUCGUGAUCUUGCUAUAGCAUUGGUAGAAAGAUUCCCUAUCAAUAAGCCAAUCAAUGCUGAUUGUGAUUGGGAUCAGUAUUAUGCUAGACCUGUAAGAUUAAGGGUCUAUAAUGUAUUUAAGACCUGGAUAGAAGGUUAUUGGCAGAAAGAUUCUGACGAGGAUGCUCUUGAUAUUAUUAAAGAUUUUAUUUCCCAAUGUCUUAUCAAAUAUCUUCCGCAAGUAAGUACGCGUCUAGAAGAGUUGAUUAGUAAGGUUCUUUCCAAAACUGCAUCAAAUGGCCAUUUUUCAAAUAUCUCAAAGAGAUUAUAUAAUUCGUCGAAUAGAUCUUUGUGUUCAGAUUUUUCUAUGCCACCUGCUAUUAUUUCGAAAAACUUACUUACACAAUUAAGGACUACAUCAUUAAAUGAUAAUCCAGAUGCUUUUAGUAUAACCGAUUUUGAUCCUCUUGAAAUUGCUCGUCAGCUUACUCUAAAAGAAUCUAAACUAUUUUGUUUAAUCAUGCCAGAAGAAUUAAUUAAAUUAAAAACCUCACGAAAAACUGAUGCAUAUACAACUGUUAAAGCAAUGGCUGCUUUAAGUACGGAUAUCGCUGGCUGGGUUGCAGAAAGCAUCUUAUCCCAAAACGAUAUAAAAAAACGUGCUCAUGUAUUAAAACAAUGGAUAAAAAUAGGAAACAAAUGCUUAGAGCUAAAUAAUUACAAUACAUUAAUGGCAAUUCUUAGUGCUUUAAAUUUGUCUACCAUAUCUCGUUUAAAAAAAACAUGGAACACAUUAUCUACAAAAUCAAAAAACAUUUUUGAAAAUUUUCGAUCUAUAAUGGAUUAUUCUCGUAAUUAUUCAAUUUACAGGUCUCGUUUAAAGGAGCAUAUACCGCCGUGCCUACCGUUUCUUGGUUUGAUUUUAACAGAUAUCACAUUUAUUGAAGAAGGAAAUCCAUCAUAUCGUCCUUUUAGGGGUUCUUCAGCAGUCAAGCAUUCUAUUCAACUUAUUAACUACGAUAAAUAUAUCAAAAUUUACUCUAUAAUUUCUAAACUCCAACAUUUUCAGGAGCCAUAUAAACUUGAAUUUGUUGAAGGCUUACAAACAUGGAUUGAGUUGCAAAUAUCGCGUAUACGUACAAAAGGACAUAAUAAUGUGGCCGAGCUCUGGAGAAGAUCACUUGCUUUAGAGCCAAAAACGCAUUCUCAAUCUUCACAACAAAAUGAUCAAAUAAAAAAUGAUACAGGUAGUGAUAUAUUUAUUACUGAAAAGAUGUAUCAGAAUUCUGACGCAAGAAAGAGCUAUUAUAAUAUUAAUUUCCUUACGAUUGGACAAUAAAUCCAUUAAUGAAACAAAUUAUUUAACUAAAUAUUUUUUUAAAAA